GAUACGUCAGGGCACGUCGCGCUAACCCAGGGGCGGGCCGUCCACGCAGCAAACGGUCAUGCUGGUGUGUUCGAGAUAAAUAACGUCUUUAUCGUCGCCGUUUCAAUUAUGUUUUGAAAUUAGAUUGAAGGUCACGAAUGUGUGAUAUUAAGAGCGGGGUGACCGAAGAUGGGCCGUUAUUAGGGAUACACUAAUUGGCAAACGCGCGGCCGACUCUCCUUAGCAACACAAAGGCCGUUUUAGCUUGUUAGCUACUCUCAGCUAGUGAUUGACUGCCACCGCAAGCUGCACUAAAUUAACGAGCCUGCCUGGCAGUUUUUAUAUUAUAACGAAUUCAACUUUGGCAACUUGCAGAUAGGUGACCUGUUUCCAUCUCACGAUAAUGGCGGAGCAGAGUGCCGUGGUUAUGCAGCAGAACUUGGACAGGAGCUGCUGGGUGUGCUUCGCCACCGACGAGGACGACCGCGCUGCCGAGUGGGUCCGGCCAUGCCGCUGCCGGGGCUCCACCAAGUGGGUGCACCAGUCGUGCCUGCAGCGCUGGGUGGACGAGAAGCAGCGCGGCAACAGCACGGCGCGCGUGGCCUGCCCGCAGUGCAACGCCGAGUACCUCAUCGUCUUCCCCAAGCUCGGCCCGGUGGUGUAUGUGCUGGACCUGGCCGACCGGCUCAUCUCCAAGGCGGGGCCCUUUGCGGCAGCGGGCAUCAUGGUGGGCUCCAUCUACUGGACGGCGGUCACCUACGGGGCCGUGACCGUCAUGCAGGUGGUGGGCCAUAAGGAGGGUCUGGACGUGAUGGAGCGGGCGGACCCCCUGUUCCUGCUCAUCGGCCUGCCCACCAUCCCCGUCAUGCUGAUCCUGGGGAAGAUGAUCCGCUGGGAGGAGUACGUGCUGCGGCUCUGGAGGAAGUACUCCACCAAGCUGCAGAUCCUCAACAGCAUCUUCCCAGGGCUGGGCUGCCCGGUACCCCGUAUCCCGGCGGAGGCCAACCCGCUGGCGGACCACGUGUCCGCCACACGCAUCCUGUGUGGCGCGCUGGUGUUCCCCACCAUCGCCACCAUCGUGGGGAAGCUCAUGUUCAGCAGCGUCAACUCCAACCUCCAGAGGACCAUCCUGGGAGGCAUCGCCUUCGUGGCCAUCAAAGGGGCCUUUAAGGUGUACUUCAAGCAGCAGCAGUACCUGCGGCAGGCCCACCGCAAGAUCCUCAACUUCCCAGAGCCGGAGGAAGCCUAACGGGUCCGUGGUGGGGGGAGGGGGAGUGUGAAGGACAGACAGAAGAGCAGAAGCCAGUGACCGACACAGACCACACCUCCUCCCUGAUGUCAUCGUGCUCCUGCUGCAACCGACAUUCAACGCUAGGAUGAUCACCAAACCCACCGCCAUCGCACUUGUGUUUUUAAUGACUGUUUGACGCGACCGCGAGCUGGGGACGGAGACGUGAGACUUUGAGGGCACCGCUCGGCACACGUUGCACAAACACACGACACAAGCGCUUCUCUCCAGGAAGGUACUGCGGGUGUGUUGCUGUGUGCAAAGCAAUCACUCCUCCAGUACUCCUGUCAACUUGUAUGAACGUAUUUUAUGAUGAUCGGGGAAGAAAUAAAUGACGCAGGCACAUGUAUUUAGAAAGUUUUAUAAAAGGAAAUUAUUAAUAAAUUGUUUUAUAAUGUUUUGUUUUUCAGAUUUAAAAAGUCCCCUUUACUCAGGUAAAGGGGAGGUGUCAAAUAAAUAUUAUUAUUUUAUGUGUUGAAUGUAUUAGUGAUGAAUAAAAUGCGUUAACAAAUGAGACUUAAAUGAUUAACCACAACUACCAAGCGUUAAGCUAGAGGAAAACUAACCGCUUCUUCAACCUGCGCCGGACGGCCGAGAGCUUACGUUCUCUGUAGCCUGUGACUGUGCUCCGUAUUAGUCUACUUUAACCUAUUGAACCACGGCCACCAAUAGGCUGCUUAAACGCUGGCAUUUCAGACACUUCCUUCAAUGCAAGGUUUCGGAUUAAGCUACUUGUUGGUGGAAGCGGGCCCUGGCGACUCAGGGAAGAGAUGCUGUUAUACGAUUAUUUUCAUUCUGUCAAGAAAGCUCAGAGGACUGUGCUGAGUCGACUGGGUCUUUCCAAGACACCCAAGAUGACUUCAGGGCAAUCGGCACACCUCCCCAGGUGAUGGGAAGCAGGCCCAGCGCGGUUCCUUCCCAGAAGUGUUUUCUUUCAGAGCCUGUCCAGUGACGUUCUCUCCCCUGGUGUUUAUGUUCCGCUUUCAGUUUUAAGUGCAAUUUCCAAUUUUUUUUUUUUUUCCCUCUUGUUUUGAAAUCGGGUGACUCUUACGGCUUGAGUGACUUCAAGGCCAGGCCCGGGUGAAAGCCUUCUUUGGACGAUUGGUUGGUAAUUAUCUAAAUAUCUGGAUCAGGACAUGUACGUCUGAUUUAGGAAAUCCAUCAGUGGCACUAUUCUGAUGUUAAUCAUGUAAAAGAUUUCACAUUUCUUGGAGCAAAGACGUCCUGUAUAAUAAAUCGACUGCAAAGCUUUAUGGUUAAUGGUCUCCUGUGUGAUCUUGAUCAAUAUACAAAAUAAAUUGAAAUGCAUGGGU